GGCAGAUGAGACAAGGCUGUCGCCAUUGCACUCAUUUUGAUGUCUUUUCAUUUUGUUUUCCCAGAUCGAGUUACCACAGUGAAGACCGACAUUUACGUCACCAGUUUUGGCCCUGUUUCAGACACUGACAUGGAGUACACCAUCGAUGUCUUUUUCAGACAGAGCUGGAAGGAUGAACGGCUGAAGUUUGAGGGACCGAUGAACAUUCUGCGUUUGAACAACCUGAUGGCCAGUAAGAUCUGGACUCCAGACACAUUCUUUCACAAUGGGAAGAAAUCUGUGGCACACAACAUGACCAUGCCCAACAAACUGCUGCGGAUUCAAGAUGACGGCACCCUGCUGUACACCAUGAGGUUGACAGUGCAUGCUGAGUGUCCAAUGCAUCUUGAAGAUUUCCCCAUGGACUUCCACUCCUGUCCUCUCAAAUUUGGCAGCUAUGCUUACACAACGACAGAAGUGACGUACACCUGGACAAAGAACGCAUCCAACUCUGUGGUGGUAGAAGAGGAAAGCUCUAGAUUAAACCAGUAUGACCUACUGGGGCAAACUGUGGGGAACGAAACCAUCAGAUCCAGCACUGGUGAGUCAAGACACUUACAGAUUGAUGUAUAUGGUUUCAUACUAUUGAAAAAGCUAAUAUUCAUCGGGAAUUCUUCCAAAAUCAAGUGCAUCUAUUUGAAACAACAUGGCAGUAUGUGA